GAAACCACACUUGAGAUAAUACAUGCAUUGGAUUUUUUCAAGGACUGCAGUUAUUUAAUAUGUUUUCAGCGGGUUUUCAGUUAGAUUGUGGAUUGUGGAAGGAACAAUGUUAUUCAGAGCUGCCUUAGAACUGCCACCUUUAAUGAGAGGCCCUAUUUUCUUAUUGUUUUUGUGUGCUGUUAUCAAUGAAAUUCAUUCGAUGAGAGUUUCAGUCGAGGAAGAAACAAAGGUCGUGAAAGAAGGUGAGCCAUUUGAGUUCAUCUGCAGGUCGCACAGCCCACCAAUAGAGGAUUGCAGUCUGUACCACGAUCGCAACUUCAGCUCGUUCCUAGAAAACAAAAUAUUGUUCGUCUAUGAAACUGAUUACCAUAAGGGACUGUGCGGUAUGCGAUUCAGAAGUGUGACGGUAAGCAUGAGUGGACUCUUCAGUUGCACUUUGCGUGGAUCGUCCAGUGCUGGGCUGGAAGGGAACGCCUCGACCUACUUGAUUGUCAGCUCCCCGACCACCCCCCUCUCAUUGAUCACUAACAAGGAUUCGUACAUAGAGAACGAUGAAAUGACUGUCACUUGCUUAACACCUGAAGACAGUCCACCUUCAACGAUUCUCCUGUACCUAGAUGGUAAAUUAAUUGGAGCAAACGCAAAAGUCCGGAAGUUUGUCAUCUUUAAAAAAAUUGUCAGCUACAGUGAUAACAACAAAAUACUCUCUUGUCAGUCAACUCAUAGGCGACACAUAAAUGACAGUGUUCUAAUUGUUGAGAAAAGCUUAGUUGUUCUCUUUAAACCUAAGCAAUUAGCGAAAGAUGACAUAAAAUUCAGAUUUACCGAGAACCUUGAACACAUCAUAGACGUUGACAUCUUUGCGAACCCCAAACCGAAGUUUGAAUGGCGAGUAAAUGACCGCACAAAAUUUAACACGAAAAUCUAUGAGCCGAUUGAUCCAAUCCAAAAUAAGGACGGUUCCUGGAAGGUUGCACUUAUCGUGCACAAUUCCACCAUUGAUCGGUCCGCGACGCUAAUUUCUUUGGUUGCCUCAAAUCACUAUGGUUCUGAGCUGUACUUAUUCAGUACAAAGGGAGAGCGGAAAUUUCGAACAUUUCAACAAAAUAUGCCAUUGGAUGCUACUAAAAAUUCAGCUGAUUACACUGCAUUGAUAAUUAUUUUGCUGGCUCUCCUUGGGAAUCUGGCACUGACAAUAAUCCUCGCUAUGCGAAAGAAAUCAGCAAAUACUGAAACAAACCCUUAUGAUAUUCUAUAUCGGCUAAAACAGCUCUUGGCAGACGGGAACACAGAUGACGGCAUACUUUCGAUCCAAUUCCAUGAGCUUGCUGGGGAAAAUUUACCUCCACCAUCGACUCAUCCACAAAAAUAUUCAGCGGCCCUUGAUAGCAAAAACAUCACGAAGAACCGAUGCAAUUAUCUUCUACCAUAUGAUACUUCUAGAGUAGUUUUGAAAAGCGUCAAACCAGAUUAUAUAAACGCAUCAUAUAUUGAGGGAUUUAGCGGAAAAACGGAAUACAUCGCCACGCAAGGUCCUCUGGAGGGAACAGCUGCUGAUUUUUGGCAAAUGGUGUUUGAAAACGAAGUAUGCAUUAUUUUAAUGGCCACGAAUUUAUCUGAAUGUGGUGUUGACCGGUGCUUUAAAUAUUAUCCAGACCUAGGAUGCAAGCAGCACUAUGGUCCAGUUAUUGUUCAAUGCUCCUAUGAACUGGAUUUUCCUCAUUUUUCCCAAAAAAUAAUUGAGAUAGCUGGAUUUUGCGAAGGUAAAAUACUGAAAUGGGAGUUAAUUCAUAUCAUCAUGAAGGACUGGACUAGUGUGGAAUUCCCAAAACCAGAAAAUAUAGUCCAAUUAAGCUACAAUUUAAGAGAGCUUGUCAGAAAAAUACCUCAAAAGACGAUUGUUGUGCACUGCAGUUCUGGGGUAGGUCGCUCUGGCACGUUGAUUGCAAUUGACAUUUUAAUACAAGAAUUGACUCAAAACCAUUCGUGUGAUGUUCCUAAGAUCAUCUCAAAACUGAGGAAGCAACGUGCUUUUAUGGUGCAGUCUGAGGCUCAGUACAGGUUCAUUCAUGAGUGCCUGAUAUCAUGUCUGGAGGAGCAAACUGGCUUAAGAAUAAGCUCAAGAGAUUGCCUAGAUAAAUUUGGAUAUUUGAUCACGACACGGAACACUGCUGGUUUAAGUGGUUCACCUGAUCAUAUCUACCAUUAUAUUGAUGAACUUGCCCGAUAAAAUAUUGAAUAUCUUAUCUCCAUAUCAUCAAUACCAAAAUAUCACAAGCAGCAGCAGAGGAUAAUGAAAGAAGAGCCAUCUGGCUGAUUACCUCGGCUUGAGGCGUUUGUUUCGCGCGUUUUCCAAAAGUACUCCCGCUGUUCGUGCGAGAGACGCCCUGGGCGACGAAAUCGCCGGAGAGCUGUGAAUUGCAGGUUUAUCAGUGCCCGGUAAUUGCAGUUAUCAGGCAAAUCGAUUUGAAACGCUGUUGACCACCUCGAAGCGAGGAUUGGCGAGGACGGACGCGUGUGUCAAUUUGCGCGCGACGCCGCUCUCGCCACACCGACCGCGACAAAUCGUCUG